AUGCACUUCUGCAACAAAUUGCUGAAUAAUGUCCUUGCAAAGUGUGGAGUCAAGCACAAGGUGUCCACCGCCUACCACCCACAAACAAGUGGUCAAGUGGAAGUAUCGAACAGAGAGGUAAAGGAGAUUCUUGAGAAAACAGUGAGUGCAAAUAGAAAAGAUUGGGCCGGGAAGUUAGACGACGCAUUGUGGGCAUAUCGAACUGCAUACAAGACUCCCGUAGGUGCUUCUCCGUAUAAAUUAGUGUAUGGGAAGGCAUGUCACUUGCCCGUCGAGCUUGAACACAAGGCCUAUUGGGCCAUUAAAAAGCUGAAUAUGGAUGGGGACUUAGCCGGUGAGAAGAGGUUGCUGCAACUCAACGAGCUCGAUGAAAUUCGAUUGCAUGCAUAUGAAAAUGCAAAUUGCCCUUCUGUUGUGGUAAAUGUGAAGCCUCAUGGAGCCGUGGAGUUGAGGGAUAUGAGUUCAACUGAUAUCAUGACUCCAUCUAGGAAACGACGCGCCACAGGGGCCUCCUCGAGCAGUCAGGCGGGUCCGUCUAGGUCAAGAGGGGGUGCACAUGCACGUACCUUCGAUGCGACAAAAUUUGUUUCGGCAAAGGCACAAGACCGCUUUGCAAAAAAGGCUCGUAAAAAGCCAAUUCCGGAAAGGGGUAUUCACAUUGCACAGCUCCAGCGCCACUGCCCGCAUAUGUACGAUGAGUUCUUGAGGCGGGGGCUACAAACUUUCAUCAAUGAGCCCGGUUAG